GGAAGUACUUAUGCUGCUGUGAUGCUGGAUCCCUUGCUAGUUUCGAGGCUUUUCUCUUUUUAACAGGGAGACUAAGCAAACGGUUUUUUUUUUCCGUUUUGUCCUUUUCGAAGCGACUUGAGGACCCCGGGAGUUUGACUGCGAGCUGCUUGCUUGGCUUGCUGCUUUGUUCCCCCUUAGCUUCUGUUUCACCAUCGGCUGGCGGUCACCGGCAUGAGCAACAACAGCCAACCCCUGCGGCCGCCGGCCUCCGUGUCUGAGAUCGACCACAUCCACUUGCUGUCGGAGCAGCUGGGCGCGCUGGCACUGGGCGAAGACUACAGCGAUGUCACCUUCAUCGUGGAGGGCAAACGCUUCCCGGCGCAUCGCGUCAUCCUGGCCGCCCGCUGUCACUAUUUCAGGGCGCUGUUGUACGGCGGCAUGAAGGAGUCCCAGCCGCAGGCGGAAGUGAGCCUGGAGGAGACGCGGGCGGAGGCCUUCUCCAUGCUGCUGCGCUACUUGUACACGGGCCGCGCCAGCCUCAGCUCUGCCCGCGAGGAGGUGCUGCUGGACUUCCUGGGCCUGGCCCACCGCUACGGGCUGCAGCCGCUGGAGGAUUCCACUUCAGACUUCCUGCGCACCGUCCUGCACACGGGCAACGUGUGCCUGGUCUUCGACGUGGCAAGCCUCUACUCGCUGAGCGCGCUGGGCGCCGCCUGCUGCUCCUACAUGGACAAGCACGCGCCCGACAUCCUCAACUCGGACGGCUUCUUGACGCUUUCCAAGACGGCGCUGCUGACAGUGGUGCGGCGCGACUCGUUCGCCGCCAGCGAGCGGGAGAUCUUCCAGGCGCUGUGCCGCUGGUGCCGGCAACGCGGCGAGAGCGGUGAGACGCGGGAGGUGAUGGCGGCCGUGCGGCUGCCGCUCAUGACGCUGACGGAGAUGCUGAACGUGGUGCGGCCCUCGGGCCUCCUUAGCCCCGACCACCUGCUGGACGCCAUCAAGCUGCGCACGGAGAGCCGCAACAUGGACCUCAACUUCCGCGGCAUGCUCCUACCGGAGGAGAACAUCGCCACCAUGAAGCACGGCGCUCAGGUGACAAAGGGCGAGCUGAAGUCGGCGCUGCUGGACGGGGACACGCAAAACUACGACCUGGACCAUGGCUUCUCCAGGCACCCCAUCGAGGAGGACGGGCGGGCCGGCAUCCAGGUCAAACUGGGACAGCCGUCCAUCAUCAACCACGUGCGGCUGCUGCUGUGGGACAGAGACAGCCGCUCGUAUUCUUACUACAUCGAAGUUUCCAUGGACGAGCUGGACUGGGUUCGCGUGGUGGACCAUUCCAAGUAUUUGUGCCGCUCUUGGCAGAAUCUCUUCUUCACGCCCAGAGUGUGCAGGCAAGGCCAUCUCUGCUGCGGCCGCUGCACUCGCUUCCGGUUUUGUAAUGUUUUUUGCGGCAGGUAUGUUCGCGUCGUGGGAACGCACAACACGGUCAACAAGGUCUUCCAUCUGGUGGCCUUCGAAUGCAUGUUCACCAACCGGACCUUCACCCUGGAGCAAGGACUGCUGGUCCCCAGCGAGAACGUGGCCACGGUGGCGGCGUGCGCCAGCGUGAUCGAGGGCGUGAGUCGCAGUCGCAACGCUUUGCUCAACGGCGACACGCGCAACUACGACUGGGACUCGGGUUACACCUGCCACCAGCUGGGCUCGGGCGCCAUCGUCAUCCAGCUGGCUCAGCCCUACUGCGUCAGCUCCUUAAGGCUUUUGCUGUGGGACUGCGACGAGCGCUCGUACAGUUACUACAUCGAGGUGUCCACCAAUCAGCAGCAGUGGACCAAGGUGGUGGACCGCACCCGAGUGACGUGUCGGUCCUGGCAGAGCCUCAAGUUCGAUAAGCAGCUGGCCUCUUUUGUCCGGAUCGUGGGCACGCACAACACCGCCAAUGAGGUCUUCCACUGCGUCCACUUUGAGUGUCCGGCCCAGUCGGACACGGACGUGAAAGAAAGCGGUGCUGGGUCGGGCCCGGACGGUUCGGAUUCGGCCGCUUCCUCGGCGCAGCCGCCGCGACCUCAGCGGCCGUCGCGCACGCACAGCCUGCUGCCCUCCAACAUGUCUUUGGCUUCCUCGCAGGCCAAUCACCGCUAACACUGUCGCCGCCGCGCCCCCUGCUGGAGGGGUUUGGGAGGACUGCCGUUUUUGCACAGCCGCCGCCGUCGUCGUCGUCAUAACUCGUGCUGCUCUUUCAUCGCCUCCACGCACCUUUUCGAGCCUCCGGUCUUCCUGACUCGUUUGAUACGUUUUUUGUGACUUUGUAGACUCCGGCUCACCUCCGACUUCCUAACAAAUGUGAUCUAUUUUGAAGAAAGCAGGCGGCUAUUUUUGCAACGCAGUUUGUAUGCAAAACGGAACUUCAUCCCGCACUGACGCAUUUGCAGAUUCAACCCGUGCCAAAAAAGGAAAGCAAUAAAUUGAAUCAGGCGGUUGGGGCCCAGGGGCUCGCACCAAAUCAUUUGCGCCAAAACGGCCAACUUGACAAAAACACGAGCAGCUGCUAUUGGCACUUUACUGGACUCAAGUUGCAGAAAUGAAGCUUGCAUCUUGGGUCUUUUGACUGACAAAGAACUGGAGCUCCCAGAAGGUUCAAUGAAGUUGGCUGCGCGUGUUGAAAAGAGAGUGCAACGGUUA